GCCGCUCCAGCCGCACAGCCGCCGCCCGCCGCCAUGGCUGCCCGCCGCCUCCUCGGCCUGCUCCUGCCGCUGCUCCUGGCGCUGCAGCCCGCCCGCUGCCAGCAAGCAGCCGAGGGCAGCAUCCAGCCGUGGGCACGGGGUGUCAUCGCAGUGGCUGUGUUUCUGGUCUUGGUGGCCAUUGGUUUUGUGGUCAAUAGGUUGUGGUGUAAGAAGAAAGGGGACAAUGUUGACGAGGUGGUGAGUGUUGAGGACAAGCGGGACUCUGUCAUAUCCAACGGCCAUGAAGGGAGAUAUGGAACUGCUGCAGCCAACUUCAGGUCUAAAGAGAAUGAGAACGCCUAUGAGAACAGCCUGGAGCCUGAGGAGAAGGUGGUCACCACGGCCAUGUAGCAGUGCCCUGGCCAGGCCACUCCUUCCUCCUCUCACUUUGCUUCCCUCUGUGGCGAUGGGCAUUCUCUCAGGGACCCUCUGCACUGGCAUCCCCCGUGUGUAACGACGGUGCCACGGCCUCUUCACGGCACCACCAUCUCCUCAUCUUUUCCCUUCCCACCUGUGGGGCCUCUUCUGCCUCAGGGACUGCUGUCAGUCCCCAGGAGAGCUCCAGAGGUGCCACGUCUCCUGCUUGGCAGUCACUCCUGCUGGCUGGUGAGGUUCAUGUCCCUGGUCCCAGGAGGGUGCUGACCUGCUCCAGACAUGGAAGGAUCCCCACUGGGUGCCUGGGACUUCUCCACACCCCCAGCCACCCUCUGGGGAACUGCUGAUGGAAAACCCACUCUCUCCUCCCUGUUCCACCCUAUACAACCUACACCGUGAGUUUUGAUGCCAGAACAAACCUUCUCCCCUGUAUAUAUCUGCCCUGUGAGCAAUAAAGAGAAUUGUUGCCCAUA